GCUCGCUAACGCCAGUAGUACUUGUGCUCGCCUAACUAACUAUUGUGUUAUUGACCUUAUCUAUGCCGUUUGGGAAACGACAGGCAUUGAUAAGAAAUCGCCUCGCUCGAUAAUAAUAUAAUGUUGAUUAUUAGUUAAAGUAUUACUUACAAAAUGUGUGAAGAAGAACGGGAACCAUGUUUAGUCGAAAGUGAGAGUAAAGACAAUGAAAUAAAAGUGAAUAGUGUUGAGCAAAAUGUUGAAGAAAUUUGUGUCGAUUCUAGUGAUGAAGGGAAAGUUGAGUGUGUCGAUUCUGUUUGUAAAACUUUAGAUGACGACUCGUUGAAUGAUGAGCAGAAAAAUGAGCAUGUGACAAGGAAAAAGCAUGAUUUGCAAUUGCUGACAAUAGACGUCUGCCGUAAUCGUCUGGCUAGAUUUGAGAAAACUGUAAUGAACGACACCGGCACUAGUCUACCAAACGCUUACAAUCGAAGCGCGUUUGCCGGUUUGCUUCUCUCAAUUCGUGAGGUACCCACCUUUCAAGCUUAUUAUAAAAUAGUUUUAUCACUAACACCGCAGCCUGCAGCUAACUCGGACGUGGUUUGCGAUGGAUACGCUUCAACAAUAGUCUUCAAUUCUUCAUUUGUUCUGCAGGGCUGGCGCAAGCCGAAGUCCCGCACGGUGAUGCCGGCGGGCAGCGGGUCGGGCGCCGCGCGCUCGCCGCCGCACGCGCACGACGCCGCCGCGCCCGCGGACGAGGACGCCCACCACAACGGGAAGGAUAAGGAUGCAAAGAAGAAAAGUAAAAACAAAGAAGGGAUGUUACCUUCAGUUCUGAUAGAGGGCGUGUUAUUCCGUGCGCGAUACCUCGGCUCAACGCAGCUGGCGUGCGAGGGACAGCCAACAAAAGCAACUAGGAUGUUGCAGGCAGAAGAAGCCGUCUCCAGAAUUAAGGGGAGGUUAGCCGGUGUUGUGCCGCAGUGGGGCUGCUCGGGGCCGUACUCGGGCGUGUACGCGGCGCCGGCGGCGGUGUUCCGUCUGUCCUUCCUGGGCUCGGUCGAGGUGGAUGAGGACUCGCGCAGGCGCAAGAAGCGGCCCAAAAAGAACAUGGUCGAGGAGGCCGUCACUAAGAUCAAGGCGCCAGAGGGUGAGAAUCAGCCUAGCACAGAAGUAGACCUGUUCAUCUCCACAGAGAAGAUAAUGGUACUAAACACGGAGCUUAAGGAGAUCAUGAUGGACCACGCAUUAAGAACUAUAUCAUAUAUUGCCGAUAUUGGUGACCUGGUCGUGCUGAUGGCGAGGAGACGUUUCGUACCCCACGAGAACGACUCCGAUCAACCGAAACUGAACCGUACGCCGAAGAUGAUAUGUCACGUAUUCGAAAGCGAAGAGGCCCAAUUUAUAGCACAAUCUAUAGGCCAAGCGUUCCAAGUAGCCUACAUGGAGUUUCUAAAAGCAAACGGCAUCGAAGAUCACAGUUUCGUCAAAGAGAUGGACUACCAAGAGGUAUUGAACAGCCAAGAGAUAUUCGGUGAUGAACUACAGAUGUUUGCAAAGAAAGAGUUACAGAAGGAGGUUGUAGUUCCGAAGACUAAGGGGGAAAUUUUGGGCGUGGUAGUGGUGGAAUCGGGGUGGGGGUCGAUGCUGCCGACUGUAGUUAUUGCGAACUUAGCGCCCGCUGGGGCGGCUGCGAGAUGCGGCCAGUUAAAUAUAGGUGAUCAAAUUAUAGCCAUCAAUGGUGUUAGCUUAGUAGGCUUACCGCUGUCGACUUGUCAGACGUACAUAAAAAACUCCAAGAACCAGACAGUAGUGAAACUAACCGUGGUACCGUGCGCGCCCGUUGUUGAGGUCAAGAUAAAACGGCCAGACACAAAGUAUCAACUCGGAUUCAGCGUGCAGAACGGUGUGUCCUCCGAUAUGGACGAUCUAUUUGGGCUUCGUAAUAGCCCCUUCGGACUACCCGCCGUUAUAUAUUUAUUAUCGAGGGCUAAAAAAACCCAAAGGAAUAUUUGGUUUGAUUUACCGUUCCUGGCGGGGUGGCUGGGGGAGCCCUUGAGAUUUAGAGAUCUGCAGCCUGCUGCGCGGCGGCAUCGCGGAGCGCGGCGGCGUGCGCGUGGGCCACCGCAUCAUCGAGAUCAACUCGCAGAGCGUGGUGGCCGUGCCGCACGAGCGCAUCGUCAACCUGCUCGCCACCUCCGUCGGCGAGAUAUUAAUGAAAACGAUGCCGACAUCAAUGUUCCGGCUCCUGACGGGCCAAGAGAAUCCGGUGUUCAUAUAACAACACACAAGUGCCUGCUCGCGACAUCCGCCACUCGCUCACGCUCGCCCGCCGCCGUACUGACGCAUACUGGAGUUGUCUACUGGAAAGAUUCCCUUCCUAAAGUGUAUAGCUUAGAUAGAAAUAUCGCGGAAUUCUUGGAUCAGUUUGGCGACUCGGACAACUGUAGAUUUAAAUUGUGUCGGUGUUUAUAUCAAACGUCCGAGUGGCAACACUUCCAAGAUCUUUCGUCUAUGUCUCCAGAUAUUCAAUAUAUUUGCUAUUUUAAUGAUAGUAAAAAAAUAUGCAUACCUAAUUACUGUAAUGAAGCUACAUGUGAAUGGAUUAACAACGAUCUGUCGGGACCAACGAUGCAUCCGCUCCAAGACAAGUACGGGGCGAGGCUGUGUAGAAAUGCAGGGAGGGCCCGGGCGAUGUGGACAACCGCCACCAGCAGCCACUGA